ACGCAGGGAUGAUAUCGUUGCUGGACGAGGAGUGCUUGCGACCUGGGGAUCGAACGGACACGACCUUCCUCAACAAAAUCAACACCGUGUUGGGAUCUCACGCCCAUUUCAAGCGGGCCAAGACCAACGUCGGCAAAAGGAGCAGCAUCAACUCUCUGGACGAGUUCUGCCUGGUGCAUUACGCGGGUGACGUCACUUAUAAAGUCCGCUGCUUCCUCAACAAGAACAACGACCUGCUCUUCCGGGACCUGAAGGAGGCGAUGAGCGAAUCCUCGAACGAGGUCGUCCAGGCCUGCUUCCCCAAGGAGGAGAUCCUUGCCAAGAAGAGACCUCCCACGGUGGCCACCCAGUUCAAGGACAGUCUCCAGAGCCUCACCAAGACCCUCAUCCGCGAGGAGCCUUCCUACAUCAGGUGCAUCAAGCCCAACGACCUCAAGCAGCCCGGUAGAAUGGCUGCAAAGCCGGCGAUCCCUUGCCCCUGGUAUUACCGCCGAGAUUACGUUGCAGGGCAAUUCAACGAGAACGUGGUGAGGCACCAAGUGAAGUACUUGGGACUGGUGGAGAACCUGCGAGUGAGGCGGGCCGGCUUCGCUUACCGCCGGCUCUACGAGGCCUUCCUCCAUCGAUACAAGAGCCUGUGCCCGGACACCUGGCCGACCUACCGUGGCAACCCUUGCUCCGGAGUGGAACGACUGGUCAAGUUCCUCGGAUAUAAGAACGAUGAAUACCGAUUGGGGGAGACGAAGAUCUUCAUCCGGCUUCCGCAGACCCUAUUCGCCACCGAGGACGCCUACCAGCGCCGGAAGCACGAGCUGGCCACCCUCAUCCAGAAGGUGUUCAAGGGCUACCGCCAGAAGAAGGAGUUCAAGCGGCAGAAGCAGGCUGCCGUCGUCGUCCAAGCCUACAUGAGGCGACACCUGGCGAAGAAGCGAGUCGCCAGGAGGAAGCAUGCCGCCCUCGUCAUUCGCCAGUUCAUCCAGGACUUCAUCCGGCGCAACGACGCGAGCGAAAGUAAGUUUGCGGGCAUGGCGAGGGCCGCCUACCUCCGCCGAUUGGCUGCCAAUCUGCCCCGCAAACUCUUGGACAAGAAAUGGCCCAAGCCACCCAAAAUCUGCGUCUCCGCGUCGGAGGAGAUACGACGACUGUACCGACGCCAGUUGGCCCGUCAGUAUGCGAAAAAGCUGACUCCCGAGAGAAAACUCCUGUUCCAGAAGAAAGUCUUGGCAGAGAAGCUCUUCAAAGGGAAGAAGUCGAGCUACAAGGGGAGCAUCGGUAAGCCGUUCGUGGGGAACGGUUGGACUCCACCCUCGACGAGAAGCGAAAGGGGAUCUUCGAAGCCGGGAUUCGACGCGAUCCGGAGAAGACCAUACUGCACCAGGGUGACGAAGUACAACCGGCGCGGUCACAAGCCUCAGAACUGGAUCCUGAUCCUCACGUCGGGGACCCUCUACCUCUUGGACGAGAUGUGGAAGUUGAAGCACUCCAUCCCGCUGUCCGCCCUCAAGACCGUGACCGUCACGAACCUCGCCGACAACUUCGUCCUCCUCCGCAUUCCCCAGGAACUCAAGAGGGAAAAGGGUGAUGUGAUCCUCAACGUUCCCUUCCUCAUCGAGUUCAUCGUGGAACUCGUCCACGAGUCGCGGAACUCGGAGAUGCUCAACAUCGAGACUGCCAACAGCAUCCAGCACUACAUGGCGGACGGGAAGCCUGUCGGGAAGAUCGUGUUCAACAAUGGAGCCAACAACGCCAUCGAGAAGGGGAAGGAUCGCACUCUCCUCGUCGUGAGUUCUCCCUUCUCGCUCCCCCUUCUCAUUCCUUCGCUGGCGCUUCUUUCAGACGUGGAGGUUUUUCGUUCUUUGCUUCCGCAGACGGUGCUUACUGCAAAUCUGGGCACAAUCAUGAGCAGUCACAACAUUGAGAGGGGUCUCGAUGAUUUCCGGAGCACUCCAGAUCUGAGCUUUCAGCACUACAAGUACUACCUAUCCAUGGAAUUAUUCUCAGGGCUUCCCGAGACUCUUGAUCCUCCGUCUCGAAGGCAAUAUCAGGAUCAAAUAGAAGAACUGUGUUGGCUGAUAUGCAAGCAGAGUCUCCUGAAGAGGGAUGUGGUCGUCUUCCCCAAUGAAAGUGUCUACCAUCUAUUCCGCAUCUUCUCCACUCUGGCAGAGGAGCUAUCUGACAACCAAGUUGGGACCAUGGUGGCAAUUCAUGUAGAAGAAAUGAGGCUCCUCUGUGAAGCAUUUGUGAUGACAGUUGGCAAGAAUUUCAACAUGGAGGAAUUCCAGGAGGCAGCAAAAACUCUGGGGACAGAAUAUGUCAUGUUUCACCCAUUCUUGUCAUUCAUGGAGACCAAGUAUGCAUCAAGCAUUGAAGUUGGGGGUCUUCAGGAGGGUGUGAGGGAUCUGUUUGACACUUAUUCCCAGGAUGUCCUUCGAAAGGGCUACUUAUGGAAGAAGGGAGAAUUGUUCCCAUCCUUUCGCUACUAUUGGUUCGUUCUGCGGCCCUCAAGUCUCACCUACUUCACUAACAUGGAGCAGAAGGAUAAAAAGGGAGAGAUUCCAUUGGAUAGCACCUGUCGAGUGGAAUCUAUAGCUGAACCCAAGUGCCAUAAAUUUCUUCUCAAGUGCCAAGACCGUAACUAUGAGCUCAGUGCCUCUGACCACAAGACAAAGCUGCAAUGGCUGUCUUCAUUGAGGCUGGCUUUUGAGAAUGCAGAGAAUCUGCAUUCGUACCAAUACCGGGAGGCAGGAAGGAGACAAGAUCUGAAGUUGGAUCUUGAGAAGCUGUUAGAAGAGGAGACUCAAGCCAGAAGGGAUGAGGAGAUUGAGGAGCAGAAGAGACUUCUAGUGGAAGAGAGGGAGAAAAGGAUUCGUUUUGAAGAGAGACAGAGAGAUAAGGAGACUCAGCUUAAAGAUGCAGAGACAAAGCUCCGAGAGUUGGAGGACGAUCGCCGGCGUCUGGAUCGGGAGCUGAGGUCAGCCCGCAUGAAGAUUACUUCCUCUGAGCAUUCCAAGGAGAUCCUUGAGGCCAAGCUUCGUGCACGAGGAAGCCCAGUGACACGCUCUGCAUCCAUGGUCCCUGUCAGGAAUCGGGAGAAGAGAUUCUCUAACGACACCCAGCACUCCAGUGAUAGUGAUGACAUCGACGACGACGAGGGAUUGCCUCUCCGCAGGGUUGAAUAAUCUCUGGAAUGUCUCCUCUUCCUCCUAAAGUCUCAAGUGUCCUUUCCAUAGCACAUUCAAGUAGAAACAGUAAGAAGCUUGCACUUGGUAUCUUCAGGAGCCGUGAAUCUCGCAUGUAUAAGACCCCUACUUCAGGUAUAAGGAUGAUGAGAAGUCCUUGAAACCUCUUUUGCUCUCAUGAACACCCAUCAUUAUGAGCAAUUCCAUUUUGGGAAUUUUUGGUUUCAAAAUUAUCGAAGGAAAAAUUAAGUUGUUUUGGACUAUUCUUUCUGACAAUGAACA